AUGUUCCAUCAACUCCUAAUAUUUUCGAUCUUAUACUUCAAAGCGGUGAACACCGCAACAUCGCCGAACUCAUUCACGGAGAUUUUCGCCGCUGUCGAUAACUCCACCAAUGUGUCCGAGCAGUGCCUUAAGGAUGGAGCGGUUUUUGCGGAAAGUCUUAGCUUGGUUUUCACAACGCUCCAGAAAUGCCGAGAAAACAAUGGUUGUACGGAUGAGGAGAACAAGAUUCUCAAUGAGAAUAUGUUUGCAAUAAAACAGAUCGAUGCUUUUGGAAAGAUACCAGCCGGCCUACUGGAGAUGACCCUAAUCAGUUCCGGCUCCUACAGAGAGUGCAUGGAACUGGUUGCGCCUUAUCAAGUACAUUACUGCUACGCGGAAGCAGUUUCCGAAAAUAUGACCUCAACCACUCUGGUUACGGCAAGUUUUCGGAUUGCUGUUUGUAUGCCAAGGAGUUGUACGGAAGAGGAUAUCCCAAAACUCCUAAACUCACUUGACGUUCAAAGUCGUUUACCGUUGAAAUUUAUUCGUUCUAAUUGUGUUUCAACAAGCGUACGGCCCUCAACUGGUUUCUGGAUAUUUAUGAGUUUUAUGGCAAUUUUCAUCGCAUGGGCUAUAAUCGCGACCGUAAUCGAUUACGUAUUAAACGUCUACUAUAAAAAAAAGCCAGGAAAUAGCAUGGCUAUGCGAGUACUAUUAUCCUACUCGGUAUACACGAAUGGUUCGGCUAUCCUAGAAACAGGUCCAUAUAAGGAAGGAAAUAUUAAAUCACUUGCCUCAAUACGAUUUAUUUCGAUGACAUGGGUAGCCGCAGGGCAUACUCUGCUCCAGAAUGCAAAUAGCGAUACACUAUUACCGGUUUUCUCCAUAUGGAAUCCUUUCCUAUCCACCACAUUUAUGAACGCUUUUCUCUCUGUGGACACAUUUUUCUUGCUCUCUGGAAUUCUUGUCGCUUAUUUAUUCUUCAAAUCUAAACCAUCAAUGAGAUAUGUGAAGAAUCCAUUCACAUGGGUGAUGUUCUAUGUGCAUCGUUACCUCAGGCUUACUCCAGCUGUUAUGAUUUUUAUCGGAUUCUUUACGGUUAUGCUUCCACUUAUUAACGGACCAUUCACUGCAUCAGCUGCUGGCAUGUUAGGGAACAACACGGCUGCUGUUGAACUAUGCAAAAAGUAUUGGUGGCGUAAUAUGCUGUAUAUUAACAAUCUUUUCGGUAUGACUGCGGAAUGCUAUCCUAUCACAUGGUAUUUGGCUGUUGACACACAGCUUUACAUCGUAGCUCCAAUUUUUCUCGUCACUCUACUCAUACGACCAUUACUUGGUGCUGCUCUACUUGUCCUAGCUAGUGCUGUUAGUGUCGCAUAUGUUUAUGUGAUCACAUUUCGUGAUAACCUUCCCGCUUCUAUUAUGGGAGUAUUUGCACUGCCGCAUACUGAGGAAUUUUUCGAUGAGUUCUACCAAAAACCAUGGAAUCGUUGUACUCCGUAUCUGAUUGGAAUUGCUGCCGGGUAUCUUCUAGCGAUGGGAAAGAAGCCGAAAGUUCACUGGCUUGUCAUAUCAUCUGCAUGGGCUAUUGCUACCGCGGUAGCGUUAGCGUGCCUCUUCGGCCCGUAUCACUACAUAAAAGGAGACGAUAAUUGGAGUGAGUUCACACGAGCCUCCUACAACAAUUUCUCACGAAUUGGAUGGUCGCUGGCCGUAUCGUGGGUGAUUAUCGCGAACCACCUCGGUUGGGGAGGACCAGUUGCAACGUUUAUGGAUCAUCCGUUAUGGAAACCACUGGGUCGAUUGUCAUAUUGUGGAUAUAUUGUACACUUUUUUGUUAUCACCUAUAUAUUUAACAUAGAUGACAGGCCAUAUCAUUAUGUGUCGAUUUGGGGAACGUACGUCUAUCGAGUUAUUCCCGUUGUUGUGAUGUCCUAUGGAUUCGCAUUCGUUUGGAGUUGCCUCUUCGAGGUUCCCAUUGUGAAAUUAGAGAAGAUCCUCAUCGAAAAUAUCAUGCCUGCGAAGAAGGACGAAAAGCCAAAAUUCUAUGCUGACGGGAAAAAUCAUGAAAGAAUUUAUGCCUACGAAAUGCCACAGGACGGAAAUUAUCAAAUGAAACUGUAA